AUGGAAAUAAAGACUGGGCUAGUAGGGAAGGCUCUUUCAUCUUGCUACUUAAAGACCAAUAAAACAUCGGCUAUAUGCUGCAUACAUUUUGAACAGAAGGGAGAGACGGAUCCCUGGGUUGAGGUAAAUUUUUCGGAAAUGAUUCCCUUGGAGAUCCGCUCACCGAUUUCCUCUAUUGCGAAUUCUCUACUUUCAUCAAAGGCCCGGUCUACAAAGAUUAAGGUAUCCUUUCAUACUUUGAGGCAUGGGGAGGACCUGCUUUCUUGCCUUAUCAACUCAUUUUCCAUAUGUGUUAUAUUAUCUGGGAUUAGAGUUGUAGAUACUAUUUGCUCUAGUACAGUAUAUGCGGGAAAAGAUAGGAUUGCACUUACAGAGGGACCUGAUCUACAUUCGCUACACAUGGUGUAUAUGAUUCAUAGGAAAAGAAUCAUGCAGGUACAUUUUAGUGGGGAGAUGGAUUUUUCUCUUCUUGCUGAAGCCACUGAGAAGCUUGUUCAUAGAUGUACUGAGCAAGGAGAGCUGAUAAGGUCUAAAGUAGAGGGGGUUGCGAAGGAUAUGGUGAAUAGAUGA